UCUACAGGCUCGUCAAGCGGAGAAAUAAACAGAAGCGAGCACAGAGAAGAGAAUACAUUCCUCCCUCCCCUCCCCCUCACUAUCUACCCAUCUUCAUCCAGUCCUUUCUUUCAUGGAGAGGAAUUAUCCCGCUGCAGGCUUCGGAGAUCUAGGGGCUGGGACGGGAUGGAGUUACGACAGAACGACCAAAGCAAGCUUUGUGUAUGGAAGCUCCAGGUCGUCCCACCCAGACUCAGAGCUGCUCCACCGGCAAGCCUAUGGCACUCCUCACCCCCUCCAGGGCUAUGCAACCAACCACCACCCAGGAAGCUCCAGACAGGGUGGGGCCUGGGGUGCUGCUGGACGCACGCUGGGCCUGUCCGGGUUAUUUGACGGCAGCCUCCACCAUGCCAGCACUUCGGGUCCUGACCCCUCCGUCAUGAAUCUGAUUUCAGCUCUGGAAUCGCGAGGACCACAGCCCCCACCCUCAGCUUCCUCACUCCUCUCUCAGUUUCGCGCUCCCUCUUGGCAGACCGCAAUGCAUACACCGGCCCCAGCGGAGCUCUUUAUAUCGGGGGCUAUUCCCGGUUCCAGCUCCUUCCCCUCUUCCUCAGCCCUUUCUGCAUACCAGCAUUCUGGCUCCUUCUCCACACGAUCUUUCACUCCUUCACUAUCCCUGCAGGACACGCCUACAUUUAGCCCGACUUCCAACGGUUUGCUAUCACCCCAUGAUCCCCUGCUGCACAUUAAAACACCCUCCCAGGCCAGCUUGGGCUUUGAUCGCUUGCUGUCUUCCCAGAGUGCCACCUACCGAGGAUCACAUGAGGCCCAGGCCUCACCUCAGACCCAAGUCCCUGCCACCUCCUCGAGUUGCCACCUGCCCCCUCCCCAGUUCAACCUGUUGUCCUCCCAGCUCCACAACCAGUCCUCCCAGCUCUAUAACGCCUCCAUGUUUGCUUCCACACCAGCCCUGCUGCCCACGGCACCACCUCCACCCCAGCCUCCUCAAGAGAGGGCAGUUUCCCGGCAGGACAGUGUAAUCAAGCAUUACCAACGCUCCUCCCCAGGCCAGUCAACAACACUUCCCCCACAGCCAUAUGCCAGUUGUGGUGGGUCAUCGAGCUACCAGCAGAUAGCCAACCACCACCGGCAUUCUGGACUAUCCUGCAGUCCCAUGGGAGAGCAGAGCCCUUCUUCUGACCCAAAGUCCAAGACAUAUCUACCUAUAAUCCAAACCCCCUACACAUCUGCAAACACCUCAGCCCCCUCCUCAUCCGGCACUAAGGGAGACAAGAGUUCCAGCUCCAGUAGUAGUUACUCCUCUUCGGUCUCAGCCUCUUCCCUUACCCCACACACUCCACCAUCUGCCCCCUCCACAUCCUCUGUGUCUUCUUCUAACUCCAAGACAAGCACUGGCUCCUUAUCGGCUCCCUCUUGUCAGCAGCCCCCACUACAGUCCGCACCGGCACCACUUCCUCUACCAGUGGUGUCAUCCAACCUUGUUCAACAGCCAGCACCCAAACAAUGCCUCUCCACCUAUGGCUCUCCACCUGUGGCCAAAUCCAGCACAGGCCUACCAGACCAGACUCCUCCCCAGCAACAUGCCCAGUCCUACUCUCCCAACCAGCCUCCAUCUACACACAUGGCCCAGUCUUAUGGAGGCUUUAACUCACCUAAUGCCCAGGACCUGAGCUCUGGAGCAGGGGGUUCUGGAGGGAAGGCCUUUACUGGUAUAGGCUCAGGGGGACGUUCCUUUUCUGCAGAGAUAGUCUUUGGGGACCCGAGCUUUGGCCCAACUUCUCUCAGAAGAGCAGGCAGUCCUUCUAUAGAGUAUGGGAGUGCUGGAGGAUCCACAGUAAGUGGACCCAUAUCAGGUAGUGGUGUUGGAUCGCCCUCCAUCAAUUCUACGAUCAGUCACCCUGCUUCUGCUCGCCCUGCACAGUCCCCUGGAGGCUCAGGGGCCACCAAAUACUUGUCCUCCAUCCUCUCGCCUGCUUUUAUGUCCUCACCACAAGGUUUUCCUGAUACACGGCAAGUGCAGAGCCAGUCCUACCACACAACACCACCCAAGCCAAAAACAGAGACCAACAUGCUAGUAGUUGAGGGAUCCCCAGAUGAGGAAGAAGAUGAUGAUGAUUUCCUUAUCCAUCAUUUACUACAAGCCCAAAGUUCAACUCCCCAUCCUUCCCAGCAUCACCCACCUCCUCAGCAACUACCCCAGCCACUCCCUCAAACUAGGGAUGGGGAAGGCAAGAGGGUAACUUAUGAUAUUAACAAGAUCUCAGAAGAGCGUUACCACCUUCAGAGUGUCAUUCGUUCCAAUAACAUUACCAACAUUUCAGGUCCUGGAACAUCAAUUGGUGCUGCAGCAAGUGGCUUAAACAGUCAGUUAGAAAUAUCACAGAAAAAACAGCAACAGGUAAAAUCAGAGUUGACCAUGUCAAAGUCCACUGGGAUCACUGACUCUCUUUCCCACUCCCAUACUACCCACUCCCAUCAACAACAGCAUGACCCCCUGGGCUCUGUGGUCCAUUAUGGAAGAGGGGACCCCUACACACAGCACUCCCAUCACACUUCCCAUGUGUCCUCACACUCUCAGCAACACUCUCAGCAUACCCAAAUCUCCCAGCACCCUCGGCACAUUCCACACACACAACACUCUCAACAUACUCAGCAUAGCCAUUCCCAUUCCCACUCUCACAGCCAACCUCACAUGGAGCUGAAGAAGACUUCAGAUUCAAAUGACAAUGCCUACUUGUGUAACACACCAGAUGUGCAGCAGGCUCGACAAAGCCAGGUCCCCCUCUCACUGAUGGAUUCACCGCCAGACCCUCCCCAACAAAGUCACAUGUUGCAGUCUGUCCUUUCUCAUACCACCCGCACUAAGAUAGACCCCCAGCAAGCCCCAUCACAGCAGCAGCAUACUUUAAGCCAGCAGGCUAUGAUGGAUUCAGUGGGAGGAACAGGGUCUACCGGGGUGGAGUCCCAUCCACAUAACCAGUCCUCACAGUUGCAACUCCAGCUCCAGACCCAGGGUAUAGAUACCCACUACAGCCUUGGAGCCCAGCCAAGAGAUCAAACCCAAGCCAGUCAGAACUCAGUGUCUCCGCUAGACAUGUUAGACCAAUCUCUUUCCCAGACGAACAGCAGAGGCAGUGGAGGAGCUCUGGACCGAACAGCAGUUAGGGUGGCUGUUACAGGGGAGGGAGGCGGUGGAGACAGACAUAGACAGCAACACAGAAUUACACCCCACCACCAUCCCCAACAAACAGCCUCAGAUCUCCAUGACUUCCUCUCUGAACCAGAUUUGGGCUUGUCCACCCCUUCACACCUCCACCACCACAACCAGCCUCAGGCCCAUGCCCCCCAUCAACAGCAUGCACACACUCACCAUCAGCUGGCACACUCCCAGUUACCUCACCCACACUCACACCGGAUGGCUACAAAUAUGGGAACUCCCCAACAACAGCAGCAGCCCCAACAAAGAGAGUCUGAAACUCUGUCACACUCUCAGUUAGAACAGCUUAAACAGCACCAGUUUGACACAGUGAGACCAGUGGGAAAAAUAGGACAGAAUCAAGUUCAGCAGCAACAGCAGCGGUUUGCACCUCUAACAUCCAUCUGCUUUCCAGACUCUCUCUUACAUGAUGAAGACCGCUCUUUCUUUCCUGAGAUGGAGGACAUGUUUUGUUCAGCUGAUUACAAGUCAAGCUGUGCUGAGGAUUCUGGGGCAGGACAGGCUGCUCAGGAAAGCCUCAACCAGGGCCAUGGGCAGGGGCAAGAGGGUUUAGAGGCCUUAAAAAUAGGAGGUGCUGGAGAGAGCUAUGGUAUGGUUGGUCAUCACAGUGAUCAAGGCUAUGGACAGUAUUGCCACAGCCUUCCAGGAACAGGAAAUGGCAAUCUACACUUAGACCUUGACUCUAUGAAGUCCCAUGAGCUUCCCUCCACUGUGAAUACUGACCAGCUUGGCCUCAUCCAAUCCCAAACUCCCACGAUGGGGCUGAGUUCAGCAGUUCAAGGGGAUGGCUCAGUCAACAAGAUGAUGGGUGCUGUAGGAGUGGGUGGAAGUGCAAGUACUAGUGGUCUGACCUCACCUAUAUUUUGUUCCUCUCGACCCAAGAAACUGCUAAAGACCAGCUCAUUUCACUUGCUGAAACAGCGACGUGAGCCGCAACCUCAAACAAAGAAAAACUAUGCGCAGGAGUACGAAUUUGAGGACGAUGAGGAUAAAGCUGAUGUUCCAGCUGAUAUUCGCCUCAACAGUCGACGCCUUCCUGACCUGCUCCCUGACUUGGUAUCUAGUUGUAGGAAGGCUGGUGGGUCAUCAGUAGUAAAUGGGCUCAGUCCAGUGAUGGGAGACAUAGACUUCUGCCACCCCUCCAGCUACUCUUCCCUUGGACACCCUCCACAACUCCUCCUCCACGAUGGCCCUAAAAAAAGAGGCAGGAAACCAACUAAACCUAAACGCGAAGGCCCUCCUCGUCCACGAGGUAGACCACGCAUACGUCCACUUCCAGAGCCUCCCUAUUGCAGGGGGUUGAUGGGAUCAGUGGCUGGGGAAGGUAGGAGGGGUCGUGGGCGGGGUCGAGGGCGAGGCAGGAAGGAGGAAGGGCUUAUCAAAAUGCAUCAAGAUAGGAACAAAGUGCAAAGCCUCCCAUAUCAGCAGCAGCGACAGCAACACUUUAGCCAACAGCAACAUCUUCAACAGCAUCCACUCGAACAUCACAGACAGCCGGCAGACCACCACCAAGCAUCACAACGACAGCAUCACCUGCAUCAUCAGCAGCAGCAUGUUUCCUGUCCUCACCAACAAUCGCAACAGCAGCAACAUCAACAGCACCAUCAUCAUCAUCAACAACAACAGCAACCAUCCCAGCAGCCGAUGCAAGAUCCAAUCAAACCUAUAAAGAUCAAACUGCCCGUUCCCACCAUGUCUCCAUCAGAAUCAUUGUUAAGGACAGACUCGCUGUCCAGCACCGAACCAGUUCUGUCUGACGGAUCGGUGGGGUCGGCUCCAUCUCUGGGACUGAGUCCUGGACCCAGCGCCGCCAUAGACAUCAACAGAAAUGAGAUGAGGUGGAAGAAAGAAAUUGACGAUCCAUUGAAUCCUGAAGCCUGGGAUGCUAUGCAGAAGCUCUCCAGUUCGGCUGACGAAAAGGCUUUCGACUUCAAACCUGGCUUCAUGGCAUCUUUUUUGGACUUCCUGAAGACAGGCAAAAAACAGUCAGACCUUGAACUGGGACAUGAUGGACAUGAGCAGGAUUCCCUAAGUCUCUGUUCCUCUCUGAAGGGAGGGAUCAGGCACUUAUCCCCGCCUCCCCCCCCUCUACCAGUAACUCCUCCACAGCAGCCUUCAAGAACAUUCAUCGAGGCUGGGCAGGGCGAGGGGGCAAACCUGGCUCUCAGCAGCUGCCCAAGUCCCUGCAAGCCACUGGAUGAGGAGCUAAAUAGGAACCUGGAGACGCUGCCCUCCUUCUCCUCUGAUGAGGAGGACUCAGUCAGUAAAAACCAGGACCUGCAGAAGAGCAUCUCAUCUGCCAUCUCUGCCCUCUAUGACACCCCACACUCGUUAGCUGCUGCAAUGGCUUCUGCCAUGAUCAAGGCCCCACCCACCCUGUCCCCGCCUACCCCGCAGGAGUCGCCGCUCAACCCCACUUUCCCAGCGAUGCCUCCCCUCAUCUCCAGUAUGGAGAAUGGAAAAGAGGAGGAGCUCACGUACACACAGGAUCACCUACAGGACAAGGAAGAGCAAAACUUGGUCUACCCACAGUCGAAUACAGAAAAAGCAGAAGAGAGGGAAGCUAAGCCUGUAGGAGAAGAAGAGAAGGAGGCAGGCAGGGAGACUGCAGACAGAGGCAAAAUAAUGAGAGAUCCACAGCAUCUGCAGCAGGGAGCACUAGAAGAGCAGGAGGAUGAGGAAGAGGAAAGGAUUUUUGAAAUGCAGAAUUCAGAGGUCCCUAAUGUUGAAGGCCCUGUGCCAACUCCUGCACCUCCAUCACCGUCCGUCUCCCCCUCGCCACCAUCCUAUUCUUCACCCUCACCCCUCCCUCCCCUGUGUCGCUCCAUACCCUCUCAACUGCCGAUCCAGCAGGGGGAGGAAGAGGCAAAUCCAAUUUAUCCUCCUUCUGAGCAGCAGGAGCCCUCCUACCAACCGGCUCACACUGCAGGUACCUCCCCCCCCCCUUCCACCUCCCCUCCGGUCGUCCUGUCCUCACCCUUCUCCAACCUUGCCUUGGGCCAAUCAAUUACCCCGCCAUCCACCACACCUCCCCCAUCCUCCUCUGAUCAGGACCAGGAACCUGAAGCUGAGCUGCUUUACCCCUCCUCACCCACCUCUUCCUCACCUUCAUCAUCCUCUACGCCACCAUCACCUCCAACGCCAGAAGAGGCCCCAGCAUCCCAGCGUCUCACCUCCCUCCACCUGGCAAAGAAGCAGGCUGACGCCGCCAUAGCUGGGGAGAGUGAAGAAGAGGACAGUGAGAGUGGAGGCGAGGGAAUCUUCCGUGAACGGGACGAGUUUGUGGUUCGAACUGAGGACAUUGGGACGCUGAAGAUGGCCUUGCAAACAGGCCGGGAGCCCCCACCCAUCUGGAGGGUGCAGAAAGCCUUGCUCCAGAAAUUCAGCCCAGAGAUCAAAGAUGGUCAAAGGCAGUUCUGUGCAACCAGUAAUUAUCUGGGUUACUUUGGUGAUGCCAAAAUGCGCUACCAGCGCUUGUAUGUGAAGUUCUUGGAGAACGUCAACAAAAAAGAUUAUGUCCGAGUGUGUUCUCGAAAGCCGUGGCACAGAGCUGGUCUCACUCUGAGACGCCAGUCACUACCUAAACAGCUGCCCACCAUUCACAAUCAAACCCCACCUCGUGUGGAGAGAGAUGACAAAGAGAGACAGAAAGAGAGAGAGCUGAAGGAUCAGAGAGAUAGAGAAAAAGAAUUAAGAGAGAGGGAGCACAGGGAGAAAAGGAAAGAAAGGGAGAGGGAGUGGAAAGAGAGGGAUCAGAAAGAAAAGGAAAAAAUAGAGAGGGAGCAGAGUGAAAGGGAGAGGCAGGAGAGAGAGCAAAAAGAGAAGGAGAAUACAGAUAAAGAGAGAGAAAGAGAGUGGAGAGAAAAUGAGAAACAGGAGAGGGAGCAAAAAGAGAAGGAGAAUACAGAUAAAGAGAGAGAAAGAGAGUGGAGAGAAAAUGAGAAACAGGAGAGGGAGCAAAAAGACAGAGAACGGAAGGAAAGGGAAAAAGAGAGGGAGCAGAAAGAAAAGGAGGGCAGAGAGAGGCAGAAAGAGAAGGAGAAACAAAGGGAUCAGGAGAAAGAGGAAAAGGAGAGAGAGGAGCGAGAGAGGAGAGAUGGCACAGUAGAGUUUGCGAGGUUAGAGGAGAAGAGAGGGGGAGAGAAGAAGAUGGACCGGAAUUCUAGAGCCAAGACUUUUAAGGACAAGGCUGAGGCGCCCCCCAAGAAGAGAAAGAAGUGGCUGAAGGAGGUGCCAUCCUCCUCCUCCUCCUCUGACUCCUCCCUACCCAGUGAUGACGAAGGACCUGUGCGGGCUGGAGUUAACAGCCGAGCCAUGAGGGAGAUUUUCCGGAGCUACGUGGAGAUGCUGGUCAGUACAGCACUCGACCCUGACAUGAUCCAAGCACUGGAGGACACUGAUGAUGAGUUGUACCUGCCACCCAUGAGGAAGAUCGAUGGCCUGCUCAGUGACCAGAAGAAGAGGUUGUUGAGAAGAGUCAGCAUAAGUGUUCAGCACCAGGAGGCUUUACACAUAUUUCCCAAAAUGAUGGCGGACCCGCUGGAAUCUGGAGCUGUCAAAGUUCACCUUGGUGGGGAAGGUUACAACCGCAAAACCCUCAACCGAGUCAAGAGGAGUAUCACGAAGCAACAGGAUCUGAAGCUAUCAAUUGAAACUUGCCAGAACUACAGUCUGUAUCAUUCCCUUCACCACUACAAGUAUCACACCUUUCUGCAUUGCAAGAAGGAGACGGACAGCAUUGAGCAGGCAGCGGAGGACCCUGGCCAGGAGGAGGUGGUACAGCAGUGCAUGGCUAACCAGGGCUGGCUGGAGAGCCUCUUUAACUCCUUCAUGGAACUGUUUAGCCUCAGUACCAAGGCCUGAAAGAGGACCACAGCCACCACACUCACACUUCCACCUGCAAUAUUAAGUAGAUGGAGGCAUCCAGAAGAAAAGAAUCACACUGUACGGAUGCUAGUAGUGCGAGGGCUCAAACUAAAACAGCCACUGUUGGUUUGUUUGUCGGAGGUUUAACUUUUAAAGUCUUUGUUUUAUUAUUGGUCAGCCCUACAAAAGAGAUCUUUGUCCUACAGAAUAUUGACAGACGCACAAACAAGCUGUCUAUAAGUAUGCAUUAACUAUGGUUUGUUUAAUUUAUACAAGGCCAUUUCUAAAAAAUACCUUCCUUAGAUGGGAUUGUUCGCUGAUAUUAUUUUUGAAAACUGUUUUAAAGGGAUAUAUAUAAAAUGGCCCAUCUGCAAUUCUUUGCUUCUAUCAGCCCGACACAGGUAAAACUAGGUUUGAGUGAGACAGAAGUAAGGUUUAAAGGAACUAUAAGAUAGUCUCUUCUUCCUACCUGCCUCACUUAGAAAGCAGUGGGGAAAUGUAUUUCAAACUAAGCUGUGUUCUUUCUGUUUGUUCUUCAAAAGACAACGAGAAAAAGGAUUUAAUGCCUGUAAAGACGACGAAUGAAAAAAUAAAGCACGUCUUUCUCCAAGGAAGUGUGAUCCAAAAGCAUAAAUGUCAGUGUUUGAUGUUAGUCAUUUUUAUCUGUUUGUUGUUGAUGGAUAUUUCCUAUUAUUUGACCUCUCAGAGGAUAUUCUUGCAGAGCAAUUUUGUUGUUUUGAUGUGUAAAUAUUGUACAGCUACUUCAUUCUCUACUUUCCAGUUGCUCUUACAUGAAAUUCCUGUAUUUGACAUAAUGAAAUAAAAAGUGAUGAUGAA